CGUUUCAACUCAUUAGUCUUGUGACUUGCUGUAAUCAUUGAUUCGCUGACGCCUUUGAAUGCGACCCUGGACCUUCACACCCUCAACAGCCAGACACUGCUUCACCAACAACUCUACUUCACCUAACAUCAUCCUCCCGCAAUCCUUCUCGCGCACGACACACGCAGAUUGCGAAGAUAUAUUAACCAAUUUAUCCUCCAUUCAGCUCCGACUUGGCAAGUUUGUGGCCACUGGUGCUAGAAAUUGGGCGGGCAGACAGCCGUGAUCCCAGACGUACAAUAGCGUCAUCGCUCACACGACCUCUGGUGUUUGCUGUACACACAUGCGCCGCACCUCUCCAUCACCCUCGCAUUCUAUAUAAGGCUAUUAUACACGCACCUCGGCUUCGAUUGGAACGCCGAGAUCAACCAUGCUCUCCUACGACGCUCCGAUGCCCGCUGCUCAGGGCCAAAAGGACACUGCGGCCAUGACCACGCUUUCCGGCCAGGCCGCUGCGCCAACGACUGCCGGCGGCCGCGCGCAGACCUACCAGCAUCACCACAUUUGGCUGGUCACUGGCCCUGCAGGGUGCGGCAAGUCGACAGUAGCCGAGCAUCUCUCCCAGGCGCUUAGCCUACCCUACAUAGAAGGCGACUCUUUCCACCCGCCUGCCAACAUUGAGAAGAUGGCCAACGGCACACCCCUCACCGACGCCGACCGUUGGGACUGGCUGACCGUUCUGCGCGAAGAGUCGACUCGUCUCAUCUCCUCGGGCUCAGAAGGUGUCGUGCUCACCUGCUCAGCCUUGAAGCGCAAAUACCGCGACGUCAUCCGCGUAGCCGCCUACUACGAUCCGUCCCUUCUCAUCCACUUCAUUUACCUCGAUGCGUCAGAAGAGACUCUCUUGCAGCGCGUAGCCCAGCGCAAGGGUCACUACAUGGGCGCCAACAUGGUGCACAGCCAGUUCGACAUCCUCGAGAGACCCGGGGAGGAUGAGAAGGACGUCAUCAAAGUGGAUGUCAGCCGGACGCUCGAGGAGGUCAAGGGAGAUGCGCUCCACAGGGUCGUCAAGGUGAUGGGCGACGACGAGGUGGAGGAGGAGCAGCAAUGACCUGGUACAUUUCGAUACGAUAAGGACAGCAUGAGGCGUUUAGCGUUUGGAUUGAGGGCCGUAGUCGGACAUGUCCCCCCUUUGGGCAGGAAUAGGAAUAGGACAUCUUCUGGAAGGAUCACUUGUAAGGGAACGUCUUCACCAAGUCAGGCGUUGGUUGGAUCAUCACCAUUUGAAGGGGCAUCGCCGCAUAGCACCAAUAACCGAGAAGUUGGGGAAUU